AAACUUCUUCCUUUUCAAGGAGGUCACUUCGCAUGCAGCCUCGUGUCGAGAGAGGAAAGAGAGACAGAGCGGAGGAGGAGACGGAGGAGGAGAAAGAGGGAGACAAAGAACGAGAAGAAGAGAAAGGAGGAGAAAGAGAACGAGGUACCAACAGACGAGUUCGAUUUCCUCUCGUCUUUGCCUCGCUCUCUUCCUCCCAUGCUUUUUUCGCUCUUCGCGCUACGUUUAAGUCAGUCUCUUUUCAAACACAGUGUCUUCUUCGCGCGUCGCCGUCUGCAGUUGCGGACCGACUUUCGUUCAGCAACGUAAAAACCUCUUCUUUUCAAAGCGUUUCCUUCUCUCGUCUUCAACAGCAACUCUCUCCUUCGUCGAAUUGUCCACACUUCCUCCUCUCAGUCGACACAAUCUCUACGCCUCCCUGAGUUGCGGGAUCUCCCUCUGAUCCUUUGCGUCGCGGCGCUGGUCUUGGCCUGUGCCCUCUCUCUUUCGUCUCUUCUUGGAAGUUCUCCCUCUGUUUUCUUCUCUGUUGUGUUUGGGCGGCUUUUCUUCCCCGUUCUUCUCUUCCUGCCCCCUGUCCUCUUCUCUUCUUUCUUCUCCUCUGUUCGUUUCCUUCUCUUCCUUUUCUUCUCUCUUGGUCCCUGCUCUUCGCAUGCUCCUUCUUCUCUCUGAAAAAUGCUUCCGCCUUCGAACUCGGCGUCGGGUGCGCCGCCCCCCGGGUAUGCGGACCGGUCCAUGCACCUCUUGAAUGCGACGGGAGCGCAUAUCUCGGUGAUUUUGGAAACAGUGGAAAAGCAGCUACGCGGUCUGAGCACCGACCUUCUGCCUUCGAAGGAAACGAGGAGUGAGACAACUCGUCGCUCUUCUUCACAGGCGGGCGCGGUCGAGAGUGCAACCGAAGGAGCUUCCGAGGGGCAGGCUUUCGCUGAGAAUCUCGAGUUCGUCAAAAAGUAUCACUCGACCUGCUGCUCUCUCAACCGCUUGUUGCAUGCAGAAGUCGAAAAAAUGGAACGCCUCAGAGAAGCCGUCUGCGGAGACAGCCUCUACAACGCUGCUCUGCAAGUCGAAAACCUCGAGAUGCUAAACGCCGAGAAAGCCAGACUCAAAGAACUCAAAAAACGCCUACAAAACGAGCAACCUCCCAAGACAUAUAAGGACCUACAUAAAUAAAUAUAUAUAUAUAUAUAUACAUAUAUAUACCUAAAUAUAUAUAUAUAUAUAUAUGUAUAUAUUGGCCAGUGUCUUUCGCUCGGGCUUCCCCCGUGCGCGUUUCAGUCUUUCUGGAUACUCGUUUUUUUUUCUGGCAAGAAAAAGUCCUUUCAGGCUUUUCUCAAUCGAGUCACUCCGCCACCGGAUCGACUCUCGUCCCUGCCGACAAACGGUUCCGCUCUUCCUCUCCACCUUUUCUCUGAUGUAAAUACAUCAAUGUAUGCAUACACAUGUACAUAACUUUGUACAUGUCUACGUAUAUAUAUAUAUAUAUAUAUAUAUAUAUAUAUAUGCAUAUGUAUUUGAGUGAACAGGUACAUGCUUGCCUCCAUCUGCAAAGGCCGUCUGCGCAGGUGUGAGUCUGUGUGUGAAAUGCUGACGACUCGCUUUCUUCACAGGCGCCUGCAUGCGCCAGAUAAGACGCUGGAAAUCCGAAGGCGAUCUCGCGCCCCGGCUGUGAAAUUGUCAGCCUCCUCUCCAUUUAUCAAGCCUCGAAAACUCGAAAGCACCCGCAGGUCGACAAGGUAGUUUCUCAAACAGCAUACGCUUACAGUCACAGCGCCGCAGUGCCAACGAUGCGUCUCUGCAUGCGU